AUGGCUGCGAACUCGCAACAAUUUUACAUAAGAGGUGAACCAUUGGUUAGGCGGGUGCAUGAAGUAAGUGAUUCAUCAUCACACCUUGAUCAAAGGAUGGGUAGCAUGGAGAGAAUGGUGAAAAAGAUAGCUGCGGUUAUUGUACCUUCCUAUGACGAAGGGUUGGAGAAAUCUAGUGCGGUCUUUCCAAAUAAACAAAGACAAUAUGAUCCUUAUUCAAACACUUACAAUCCUGGAUGGAGAGAUCACCCCAAUUUCAGCUUAGCCAACAAGCAAGGAAUGGUUCAACAACCUACUUUCAACUAUCCUAAUGGGUUCCAGCCGCAAAAACAACCAACUCAAAGUCAAGAUUCCCGUCUUGAUGAAAAGCUUCAAGUAAUGAUGCAAGGCUUUACUACUAUGUUUCAACAAAGUCAAAAAGAGACUAAGAGCGCAAUCAAGGACUUACAAACACAAGUUGGUUCCAUGGCUAUUGAUUUGAACCAAUUUAAGGCACAAAAUGGUGGGAAAAUCCCUUCUCAACCUUUUAACCCAAGAGAGAAUGUUAGUGUUAUUACAUUGAGAAGUGGUACACAACUUGUGCAACCUAAAAUUAUUGAUGAGGGUGAUAUGGAGACUCAAAAGGAACCUGUUUUGGAGGAAAAGAACGAUGAUUGUCCCGAAACUUCUGAGGCGGAUCUAGAAAAGGAUAUUUUAGACAUCUUCAAGAAGCUUCAUGUAAACAUUCCACUCAUUGAUGUUAUCAAGCAAGUUCUACAAUAUGCGAAGGUUUUGAAGGACUUGUGUACCAAGAAGAAAAGGCUAACCAGUAAUGAGGUUAUGAGUGUGGGGGGAAAUGCUUCAGCGGUCUUGCAAAAGAAACUCCCACCCAAAUGCAUGGGUCCAGUUAGUUUCACUAUACCCGUAGAGAUUGGUAAUACAAAUAUUGGAAAGGCUAUGCUUGACUUAGGAGCAUCCGUUAAUGUCAUACCGGCAUAUAUUUAUGAGUCUUUAAAUUUGGGUCCAUUGAAACCAACGAAUAUUGUACUAGAACUUGCGGAUCGUACUAAUGUCUACCCUAGGGGAAAUAUUGAGGAUGUCCUUGUGCAGGUGAACCAACUAGUUUUUCCAGCUGAUUUUUGUGUUCUAGAAAUGGAUGAUGGCUCGGAUGCAUCCAUACCCCUGCUGCUUGGGAGACCUUUCAUGAAGACGGCUAAAACCGUCAUUGAUGUGGACGAGGAAAUACUCACGAUGAAGUUUGAUGAUGAGAUAAUUCGCUUCAACAUGUUUGAAGUCAUGCGUUAUCCUAGUGAUGUUCAUUCAGGUGUUCAUAACGUAUGGGACCCUAGUUAG